AUACUUAGUCCCCCCCACAAGGUGACUUGCGAUGCAUGUAUUAUCGACAUCGCGAGGAGCUGCAUCGUACAAGCUGUCUUGCAUGUAUUUUUAAUUUUUUUUUAAUUUUUUUUUUAUUUUAAAUUCUCCCAUAGCGAGAAACAGCGCCACCAGCAUCAAUCUGCCUGACCAGAUCAGCCUUGCAACAUGGACCAAUGAUCCGGUGGGGGCAUAUUGUGAAAACAACUGCUGGUGACAAAAGAACCGCUACGGGUGUUGGGUUCAUUGGCCCAGACGACACGGCGCUUCGAGCGAUCACCAUGAUUUCUUUUUUUAACCCUUUGCUCCUCCUCUUUUUGUAAUGACUCGGCAAGACAACAACGAUCACGGUGAUCCCUCAUGCUUUGCUUGCCCCUCCCCUCUCUACAUACAUACAUACACACAUCCUACCUUAUCGGCCCAUGCAAGUGGGCAGAUGUCAAUUAAGCUUGUGCUGUCGCCGAUGCGGGGCAGAUCGAGUGUCCCCCUCCCUCAACCCCCCGUCAAUCAGGGAACAAAACGAAAACGAAAAAAUAAAAUAAAAAUAUUAAUCGCCUUGCCACUUCACCUCGCCAGUAGGUUUGCUGGAUGUGGUAACGGCGAUGGUGAUGACGGAGAUGAUGGCAAUGCAGAUCCGAUUUCCUCGUUUCUUUUCUUCGUUGGCAACGUUCUGUGUUUUCCCUGCAGAAAGUGCUUUCUCCAGAGCAACAAGCCCGUCUGUCCUGGUCUGUUCCUGUUGAGAUAUCUCUCGACCCCUGCUUCUUUGCAGCCCCCAAAUGCCUUUCCCGACAGCAGCUGUUCAUGCAGAGCGGCCCGGUCUGUGAUUGUUUGGUCCCAGCACUUGAAAAGAACGGGUUGUGCUUGAACGGCCUCUCGGUCCAGGUCUAUUAUUAUUAUUACUAUUAUGAUUUAAUGGCUGAUGAGCUGGCAUUGUGGUUUCCGGGG